CGAGAUUGUUGGUUCACCAGCAGGACGCACUGCGGACACAUUAGCGGACUUGGAGAAGGUUUCCAGUGAUGAGAUUAGGGUUGAAAAUGAAGACGUGCGAUGAGCUUCUCCACAUUGACGUCCACGUGGAUGAAAGUGAAGCCCACACCUCCGUCCUGGACCUCCUGAGAAUGCUGAGACCUCACUGGAGGCCACAAGACAUCCGCAUGAAGACGUUCACCGAGGGCAUCACCAACCGGCUGCUGGGCUGCUCCGUGGACGAGUCCGACUGCGUGCUGGUACGAGUCUACGGCCAACAGACCGAGCUCUUUGUGGACCGCCAGCGGGAGGUGGAAAUGUUCCGCCUCCUCCACGCUCACGGCCGCGGCCCGCAGAUCUACUGCAGCUUCCGCAACGGCAUCUGCUACCAGUUUGUCCCCGGAGACGUGCUGGAGGACAGGCUGCUCUGCCAGCCCUCCAUAUACAAAUUGAUCGCAGCGGAGAUGGCGAGAAUCCACUCCAUCUGUCCACCGAACGCUCACCCCCCCGAGCGUCUGCUGUGGACCAAGAUGUCUAAUUUUCUCACGCUCUUAGAGGAUAGUGGCAAACUCAGCGGGCCAAGUUCGUCGUCCGGCCCGCAGUUGCCCAGCUUGGCGAUGUUGUCGGCAGAGGCGGAGUCACUGGAGCGCCACCUCUCGCCGUUGGGUUCGCCCACCGUGUUGUGUCACAACGACCUCCUGACCAAGAACAUCAUCCACGACCGCGAGCAGGGAAGGGUGAGCUUCAUCGACUACGAGUAUGCCGAGUACAACUACCAGGCCUUCGAUAUUGGCAAUCACUUCAAUGAAUUUGCUGGUGUCCAGGACAUCGACUACAGCCGUUGGCCGAGCCGCCGCCUGCAGAGCGACUGGCUGGAGGCCUACUUGUUGACCUACAAACACUGCACGGGGCAAGACGUCAGCGUCACCCGGGAUGAGGUGACACGACUCUACGUGCAAGUCUGCAAGUUCUCAUUGGCAUCCAACUUCUUCUGGGGUUUGUGGGCAAUUCUCCAGUCUCACUACUCCUCGAUUGAUUUUGACUUCCACAGGUAUGCCAUGGCGCGACUCAACCGCUACUUUGAGAAGAAAGAAGAAUAUUUUUUAAUGAAAUGAAUUAACAAGAGAGCAGCACGGUGGUGUAACCGUUGUAACCUGGGAAUGUACAGAAAGGUGUAACGACAUUAAAUACUUGGAUAAGUAACACUCUUUGGCCAUGAAUAUAAAACAUCCAGUAAAAACAAAAAAAAAUUAAAAAAAGAAAAGACGAAUGCAUCGAAGUGAGCAUCAUUUUUACAUCACGGUUCCAAAUGAGUUUGUUGAAGCAGACCGUAAACCCCUCAACUGAAAAUUGAUAAAUGGAAAGAUGAUGUCCAAAGAGGCCAACGGGAUCCAUUCCAAAUGAAACUCACAACUCAUCGUCAUUUAACGACGUUCAUUAACGAGUGUCGCCGUGAUGAUGCCUGCUUAGUUGGUUCAACCGUUUUGUCAACGCAGACUAUGCACCCCUCCCCGA